AUGGUGCAGCAGGCGGAGAGCUUGGAAGCGGAGAGCAACCUGCCCCGGGAGGCGCUGGACACGGAGGAGGGCGAAUUCAUGGCUUGCAGCCCGGUGGCCCUGGACGAGAGCGACCCGGACUGGUGCAAGACGGCGUCGGGCCACAUCAAGCGGCCGAUGAACGCUUUCAUGGUGUGGUCCAAGAUCGAGCGCAGGAAGAUCAUGGAGCAGUCUCCGGACAUGCAUAACGCCGAGAUCUCCAAGAGGCUGGGCAAGCGGUGGAAAAUGCUGAAGGACAGCGAGAAGAUCCCGUUCAUCCGGGAGGCGGAGCGGCUGCGGCUCAAGCACAUGGCCGACUACCCCGACUACAAGUACCGGCCCCGGAAAAAGCCCAAAAUGGACCCCUCGGCGAAGCCCAGCGCCAGCCAGAGCCCCGAGAAGAGCGCGGCGGGCGGCGGCGGCGCGGGCGGCGGCGCGGGCGGCGCCAAGACCUCCAAGGGCUCCAGCAAGAAAUGCGGCAAGCUCAAGGCCCCCGCGGCCCCCGCGGCCGGCGGCGCCAAGGCCGGCGCGGGCAAGGCGGCCCAGCCCGGGGACCUGGGCGGCGCGGGCGACGACUGCGUGCUCGGCAGCCUGCGCGUGAGCAGCGCGGGCGGCGGCGGCGGCGGCGGCGCGGGCAAGACGGUCAAGUGUGUGUUCCUGGACGAGGACGACGAGGACGACGAAGACGACGACGAGCUGCAGCUGCGGAUCAAGCAGGAGGCGGACGAGGACGACGACGAGCCGCCGCACCAGCAGCUCCUGCAGCCGCCGGGCCAGCAGCCGCCGCAGCUGCUGAGACGCUACAACGUCGCCAAAGUGCCCGCCAGCCCGACGCUGAGCAGUGCGGCCGAGUCCCCCGAGGGCGCGAGCCUGUACGACGAGGUGCGGGCCGGCGCGACCUCGGGCGCCGGCGGCGGCAGCCGUCUCUACUACAGCUUCAAGAACAUCACCAAGCAGCAGCCGCCGCCGCCCGCGCAGCCCGCGCUCUCGCCCGCGUCCUCGCGCUCCGUCUCCACCUCGUCCAGCAGCAGCGGGAGCAGCGGCGCCGAGGACGCCGACGACCUGAUGUUCGACCUGAGCCUGAAUUUCUCCCAAAGCGCGCACAGCGCCAGCGAGCAGCAGCUGGGGGGCGGCGCGGCGGCCGGGAACCUGUCCCUGUCUCUGGUGGAUAAGGAUUUGGAUUCGUUCAGCGAGGGCAGCCUGGGCUCCCAUUUCGAGUUCCCCGACUACUGCACGCCUGAGCUGAGCGAGAUGAUCGCGGGGGACUGGCUGGAGGCGAACUUCUCCGACCUGGUGUUCACGUAUUGA